AUGUUCGGAUCGAAGGCGAUUCGGGUGAGGUCAGAAGAGCGGAAGGCCCGACCAGGCGUAGAAACGGAUCACCGUGGUGAGAUCGCCCACGGAGAUCUACCGGAGGCGAAUGACGAUCGUUCGCUUCGGCGCGGAAAAACAGUGGCGUCGGCAGGUGAAGCACGUAGCGGCGCAGGUAGAAGAACCGCGGACGCGGUGGCGGAAAGAAUACGCGAGAAACGUGACAAUAAUCUGUAUCGGCGCGAACUAGACGGGCUCGGAGAUAAGGGCCAGCAAGAUCGCCGCUCGGCUCAACGUGACGUGGAAGAAGAAGCGGACGGAUCGCGCUCCGUGGCUGGAAAAAGAAGCCGGGAUGUGGAAGAUACGGCGGAUGCCGGGGUGAAAGAAAACGGCACCAAGUGGGAUCGCAGAGGGGAUCCUUAUCGACAGCGACGCGCGGAAGAACGCGGGACGCGAUUGCUGGAUAACGGCGUGAGGCGGAUCGGCCGAUUCGACCGAGUCGUGAAGAAGAACGUCGCAAAGAUAUCGACGAGGGAGCCGGCCAAACGGCGCGAGAUGCCACGGGAUGGGAACGGCAGACGCGAUCGACACGAGGAGGCAGAUCUCCCGACUGCUCGUGGAGAUAGGAAGGAAGUCGAAGAAGAUAAAGACCGGCUGGAAGAAACGAUUCCGAGCAAGAGGAAGAAAGCGACGGCCUCGCUCGAUGAAGAGAGCAAACUUUUCGAGAAUGGUGGAAAGCGCGAAGACACGACCGCCGACGCAGGGCGCAAUCCUCAUUGGAUGGAAAAACGGAGAGGAGAGAUAGGAAAAAAUAGUGAUCUGUUCGGCAAAUCCGUUGAUAGGAUACGAGUAGAAAAUGGCUCGUUAAGGUUAACAGAAAUCGUUCUCGAUACUGGCUUGAACGAUACGACGCGAUCGAUUCCCGUUAGCAGAUUUUUAGCCACGGGAAAUUCCUGUUUCGCAGACUCUUCAAACUCGAUCAAAUACCAAUUAUCGAACGCGCUCUUCGUGGAGCUCAGUUGGACCCUAUUGCCGAUUACCAAAAUCAUGAGGAAGACCGUGCGGUACGAAGCCCGACCGGCAAAGCCGUACCUAGACUGGUUCAAAACGCGCAGGGACAAGGGCACGGAGUAUUACGACGACGCGCGAACGCCGUUCUUGAAGUUCCAUCCCGACGGCUCCGGCGAAUUAUUUUAUCCCAAUGGUGUGUUGGCCGUUAGAGUCCGCAGACCAGAAAAUCGAGAUUACGACAUGUACACUGUGUUCACGCCAGGAGGCAAAGACGCAUUGGCAGUCGAGAGGGGAUCCCAGAUCCUGGCGAUAUUCGACACGAUGGGCCACGGCGUCGUCUUCGACGAGGACAGUGCGGCGAGGCUGUCCUACAACCAGACCGGAGGAAUUUUUACGGACAGUCCCGUGGGCCUGCCCCUCGUUUGGACUUGGAACGCCAAUCCGAGGGAGUCAAUACUCGAGGCUGUGUAUACGGAAAGAUCUACCGGACGCUUGCAAACGGAAUUCUUUCCUGAAUUGGUGCAAAGUUCCGGAAAUGUUAAGACACCGGUAUCACCGUGCAGCUCGAGAAAUAAGAAAAAGAAGGUCGCCAAGGUGCAGAAACCUGUUGUCGAGGAGCGACAAGAAGAGGUCGGAAGCAAAUCAAGAAUCAAAAAAGACUUUCCUGAAGAAGAUAUCUUUCACAUAAGAAUAAUUUGUUUGCGGCUGAACGAAUUUCUCAGCCUACGUAUCGUCGACCGGCGGAACAUCUCGUUACGAUUCGCUGCUAAAAACAAAAUUAUCAGGAUAGAAUUGGGUACAAUUUUGGACUUUGAUAAAGAAACAUCGUAUUGCAUGGUUGAAGCUACCGAUUGGAAAAGCGAUAUGCUAAGAUGCCGAUUCCAGGAUAAAUUAUCCAUGAGAUUGAAACCCGACAGCAGUCUGUAUGAUUUAGCCAAAGAGUACCAGAAGGUAAAAAAAAUUGCGAAACAACGUAAAAACAUGAUCGCCAGGUACAAACCUUUCUCCAAUAAAUCAGAUAUUUUCGCAUCAUAAAUCUGAUAUGUUAAAGACAUUGUUGACAAACUUUAAAC